AUGUCUGAUACAGAAAGAACUCUAAUGCUACAUACAAAAUCCAGAAAGAGAAUGAAAUACAGUGAUGUCACUUGCUCAACUCACAUCUGUCACCUGAUAAUUGAAAAGAAAAUUGUCAAGGAGCUUAAUAUUCUGCACUUGACUGUGAACUCAAUAAUUCGAAGAUUUGAGAGAACUGGAAGUGUAAAGUAUAAGUCUCUGGGUAGUGAUUUUAGAACAAUCAUCAAAGAUUAUCCCAAACAGUUUAUUCUGGAUGUGAUUAAUAGCAAAAGUACUAUCACUCUAGCAGAGCUACAACAAGAGCUAAUAAAUCAUUUCGAUGACCUAGAGAAAAUAAGUAUCCCAACUCUGUGUAAUCAUUUUCACUACGUUGAGAGAAUCACUCUCAAAAGAGCACUACCAAUUGAGAAGAAGAGAAAUGACAAAGUGACUCUUAGAAAAAGAUGUAACUCUAUUGGACAUGCCAGAGCAAAGACAGGAGAGUGUGCUCUUGUGCCAACAAAAUCCAAAAGAGCCAAAAAUGUGACAAUUCUUUCUGCUUUUUCAUCUGAGAGAGUUAAAUUUUGCCAUACAAAGAUAGAGAUCUAUAUCUUUUUAGAUAUUUGUAUUGUUGUGUCUAAGGAUAACCCUGCCCAUAUCCUAGCUGUAACUAGUACUCCGGCAUUCUCAUUGUCUGCAUCUCUCAAUGCAUGGAUCACCUCUCUGCGUCCUUCUGUUUCUGUCUCUGUCUCUGUCUCUGUCUCUGUCUUGUACUGUUGUGGUAUGCAUAAGCUUACGUAUACCACAACAUGUCCUAUCUCUAGCUUCUCUAUCUCUUAA